CUUGCUUAGGGUGGUGCUGUAGCGGUAGCAUAUCGAAGUACCCACCCCCACACAAAAGUUGGCCGGGCUAGAUCAUGUCUGAAGGUUUGAGGUUUCUAGGAGUCAGCUGUCCUGAACCUUAAUCAUAGAUAACAGUGAGUCUUCGUGUUUUUGUAUGCAACAUAUUUCAGCGCGCGCACACUCGUUCCAUUUUUCCAGCACAUGACAAGCCUGGGCUGCUGAAACGCAUGAAGUCUUGAAGACCGUCAUACACGGAAUCACCUUCGUUUUGCCGGGCUCUCGAAAGCGAAACAAUUAGAUUCGACGUUCUCGUUGUGUCCUGCAAUCUCUUCUAGACUAAAUGAAAAUAGAGCACCAUCCACUCGUCCUCUCGUGUGUUCUCUGCUCCUCGUGCUUGCUUCUUCUACUCCAUCCAUAGCAUUCGAUCCAUCCCGCCGGGGACAUGAAGAAGCCACACCUCCACUCACGCAUUUCUUGUAACGUCGUCUUCACCAUUUGGUUCCUCACGUCCUUCUCUCUAAUCGAUUCCCUUCUGGGCUCGGCGGACUCCGAGGCUUUCCGGGAGCCGGUGGACUGGCGCGGCCUCGGUCUGCACGACUACCCCAACCUAAUCAAAAGGCCCAUGGACCUCGGCACGGUAAAGCUCCGCCUGGAGCGGGGGGCGUAUCCGACAGCCGAGGCCUGCGCCGCGGACGUAAGGCUGAUCUGGGACAACUGCAGGACGUACAACACGGGAGGGGUGCCGCGCGACCUCCACAAGGCAAGCGAGAAACUCGCGGCGGACACGUUAUCGAAGCGGUUCGAGACCCGGCUCGCGAAGAUAUUGGCGGGAGGGCGGCCAAAGUCGUCUUCCAGAGGCGGCGGCGGCAGCAACGGCAACGGCAAAGGCCCUGCCAAGCCAAAGGGCGGCGGCGGGGGGGGCGGCGGGGGCAGCAGCGCCAGUGUUACCGCGGCGGUCGCCGCAGACCCCACAACCGAAGACCGGCGCAGGCUCGCGAGGCACCUGGGACGGGCGAGGAUGGAGGACGUGACGGCUGCGGUGCACGAGAUUGACCGCGGGUGUCCGGAGGCGCUGGUGCGCAGGCGGGCAGGGCAUCAAAUAAAGAGAGAAGAAGGAGAAAAAGCAGCAGAAGAAACAGAAAAGGGAAGAAGCACCGGUGGAGGUUGUGCUGAUGGUGGUGGCGGGGGGAAUGAUUGCGUGGAGGCGUUGGUCGGGAGGACGGCGGCGGUCGAGAUCGAGGUCGACGUCGACGCGCUGGACGCGUGGACGUUCUGCGCCGUCGAGCGAGUGGUGGCGCCCCAUGUGGCGCUCAGAAGAGCUUCAAGAGUCACGGCGACAAGGCGGGCAAGAAAGAAGAGACCGGCGGCGGCGCCCGCGGCUGUGCCUUCGAGUGGUGGGAGAAGUAGUAGCAGCGUAGGAAGCGGGGGUGAUGGGGAAGGGGUGGCGGGGGCGGGCGAUGCGGCGGGGGCGGGCGAUGCGGCAGGGGCGGAGGUGGCCGAAGGGCGGCCAAGUAAAAGGUCCAGACCGGCUUGUAGUGAAUAGCACGAGUAGUUGGGCAGCACGAAGGGUCAAGGCUCAGCUGUGUGAGCCGACGGCUGAAUCUGACAUGUCCAUCUUUCGUUUUCCCAGUGACGGGUUUGGUUGUAGUGGUGCUGGCGAAUGAGCCGCGUAUCGGUCCACGUAUGAUGCAUGCAUGUUGUUUUACGUUCAAGCCUGUUGUUGCCGUCUACGGGAUACUGCGCUUUUCGUCCUUACUUUUAGUUUCAAAUUGAUUUUCGACGUUCUUGUAAUCUCAGUCUCAUUUAGAUGUACUUGGUGAAGGGUUGUGUGUGUUCGUGUUUGUUUUCAUUGUAGCGCGUGCGUGUGACGUUUGCCUUGUUCGUUUAUCAGGGCGCACUUGCCAAGCCUGAUUCCGCGGAAGAUGCAUUGCACCCUGGGGUGUGCGUGCAUUCGUUGAGCAACAAUCCGGUUGCUGGUAUCCCUUCCAAGUACAAUGCCGUGCCAGUCCAUCCUUAUCUUAAGAUGAUAAAAGUAUAAAGAUGUCCUUCAAAAUAGUACAUAAGGUGAAGCUCUUGAUGAUCCCAACGGCAGGAUAGAGACGCGGGUUUGCGCUACCACAAUAGGAAGAGCGGGCUCAAAGGAAGAUUUGAGUUGCUGGCUAUUCUGCUUCUAGGCCAUGUGCAAUGGGCAUGUGUAUACUUUGCAAUGUAGCACGACUUCCUGCGGCCUCUGCCGAGCAGCUCGAUCUCACCUACUGUAUUGAUCACGUGGCCUCGGACAUUCUCGGCGAAAACAGCGCCGUUGCGACCUGACAUUGCCGGCAGCCAGCGUCUGGAGGUCGUUCGAACUACUUCCGGGACAUGUAGCGGUUGCCGAGCUUUCGUAUGAUGGGUCGAUCGAAACGGGGGUAGCAUACACCGUGGUUGGCGUGUUGAUGGCAUGAAGUGGUAACGUGACUGCAUUUCCUUGUUGCUGGUCUUUCGCUGACGUAGAGGCGACUGCUGUGGCGCUCGUCAGGAUGUACCUCUGGGGGUGCGCCCUGUGCUUCUCGCACGCUAGACGUAUAUUCUAUUGCCUCCCGGCACGACAUGGGUUGUCCUCAUCGCCGUACGUUGUCACGUGACGCUUGGGUAUUAGUUCGAUUCGGUUGACUGAUCGUGCUACAUAUAGUGCUUUACACCAUAUUUUCCUUGGCGGGGUUCACUUCAAUAAAACAUGAAAGACAUUUUCCA